AAUCUUUUAGUACCAUCAGCUUCAGUUUACAAGGACUGUGCCGAAGUAUAUAAAAGCGGUAACAAGAUCAGUGGAGUGUAUAAAAUCAAUCCUGAUGGUUUGGGUGAAUUUGAAGUGUUCUGUGAUCAAAAAACUGCCGGUGGAGGUUGGACGGUGUUUCAGAAGAGGCGAGAUGGCUCUGUAGAUUUCUUCCGCGGUUGGAAUGAUUACAAAAAUGGAUUUGGUAAUCUGGACGGUGAGUUUUGGCUCGGUUUGGACAAGAUUCAUCGUCUGACUGUAAGCAGUGCUUAUAACCUCCGUGUCGACUUGGAAGACCAUCAUGGAAAUACUGCAUUUGCAGAGUACAGCUCAUUUUAUGUGACAAGUGAGAGAGCAAAAUAUCAGCUGAGUUUGGGAAGUUAUUCAGGUUAGUUAACUACCAUGAUUGAAAGUGAAUCAGUUUGCGAAAAAAAAAAAAUGCUGUCGAUUGGCAAUUUUUUUAGCGACAAGAACUAUAACACAGAAAAACUGCAACAAUUGAAAAGCUAUCGUUUGAUUUAUUUCAAUUUGGACAGCGAGAAGUAAAAACUACAGAAAGUUAAAUUAUUGGGGAGUAGAUGCAAAUAUCUCUCUGCAAAAAAAAUGUCCGAGAAAACAUUAAAAAUCUCUAUUUCUAUUUUAGGCACUGCUGGAGAUUCCCUUGAUAAUCAUCGUGGUAUGUCAUUUUCCACCAGGGGUCAUGAUAAUGAUAAGUCAGACAAUUACGACUGUGCCCUUCAUAAGAAAGGCGGCUGGUGGUACAAUUCUUGCUACAAUUCCAAUCUGAAUGGUGUUUACAGUCCCGGUAUGGUGAAUUCCGGCCCAGGAAUGAACUGGUACCACUGGAAAAAUAACUGGCUCUCUGUCAAGAGUUCCGAAAUGAAAAUACGUCCGAAGUGUUUUUAA